UUUUGGUUAAUGUAUUCUUAAUCCCAAAAAGUACUAAUUCUCUUUGUGUCCUGCUUCUAGUUAUGGAUGAUGAAGAGAGUAACAUCGUAGAAAGAUAUGACGACGUCGUUUUGCCAGGGUUUAGGUUUCAUCCCACUGAUGAAGAACUCGAUGCUUGGGCGAUAUGUAGAAUAUUCAAGAAGACGAAUGCGGUAUCGUCACAAAGAUCAAUCCCACAAUCUUGGGUUUAUCCAACGAUUCCUGACACCAACCAAUAUAACUCACAGUCACACAACAACACCGCGACUCUCUUAGCUUCAUCAGACGGUCUCAGCCAUAUAUUAACAAGACAAAACCUUAUCCCUUCUCCAGUCAACGAACCCGCAAGCUUCACAGAAUCAGCUGCUGCUUAUUUCGCGUCUCAAAUGCUCGGAGUCCCGUACAACACAGCUAGAAACAGCGGAACAGGGGAUGCUCUGUUUUUGAGCAACAAUGAGAAUAACUACUUCAACAACUUGACCGGAGCGUUGACUCAUGAGCUUACUAAUGUAAGAGCAAUGGUGAUGGAGGAGACGACGGUGAGUGAGAUGUCGGCGACGUCGUAUUCCACUAACAAUUAAGAUAAUAGUAUUUAAGUAUUAACACUUGAAUUAGUGUAGACCAUCGCUAAUAUGUAUUAAUUUUUAUUGUCUUUAUAUAAACGUUGCUUCUCUUU